AUGUCCGACGCCGGCGAGCAAAAGUCCUUCACCCUUCAAACCGCCUCGUUCGACGCGCGUUUCCCCAACCAGAACCAGACCAAGCACUGCUGGCAAAACUACGUCGACUACUACCGAUGCGUCAACGCCAAGGGUGAGGAGUUUGUGCCCUGCAAGCAAUUCUUCCGCGCCUACAACUCUUUGUGCCCCAACGAGUGGAUCGCCAAGUGGGACGAGCAACGAGAGAACAACAACUUCCCUGCCUCGCUUGAGCCUUAA